AUGCAUAGCGACAUCGCUCCAACUUUCACGCACGCCAACACCCGUCGUCGACCUAUAGCUAUUAUAGCACUAUAUGGCCGUAGUAUCCGCAUUCACUGCGGCGCGACCCGUGUAUUUCUGAAUCCCAACCCAUAUGGUGUCUCCUCCUCCGAAUGUUCAACACCAUCGACGUCAUUCUUUUGCCUGUUGAAUCGCCUAGCCAUGGCCGACCUCCAACCGGAUGAGUCCAACGAUUCGGGCAGCCUCAAACCCCCGACCGUGUCGCCAACUCCGCGCGGGAAACGCAAGAGAUAUACGCCCGUGGCUUGCGAUGAAUGCAAGAAGCGCAAGGGUAAAUGCGACAGCCAAAUUCCAUGCCAACGCUGCCGCGACAGGGCUGUCACCUGCACUUACAACUCGAGAUUAGCCACCAUGCCUUUGCAGAAGGAAAGGCAAGUAUUAUCAUCUGCCCAUUGCCUGCAUUAUACUGCGUGUACGUGUCUGACCUCCUUCAGAGACCUCGAUGCCUUGAACGAGAAGAUCGAGAAAAUGCAAGAGCAAAUUGAUCGCCUCAUUGCAGACCGACUCCCGUCCGGUUCAUCAGGCAAACAUCAAUCGACUGUCUCAACGACGGCUUCCAUCUCACCCUCCCAAGGCCUAAAUACCACCGACUUGACGGAUCAGUCGGACCACAAUGGAGCCUUGGUUAACUCAUCCGCUACUUCACACGCCAGACUGCCCGAAUUCCUUGGUCCGACCAGUUCAUCAUUCCUCUUCCGAAUGGCGACAGAUUCUUUGGCAAGCGCUGGAAUACAUACCCCAGUAUGUACAAAGCUCGAGGUGGAACCUCUCCCAACAUCGGCCAAGGUCAAACGCCAAGAUACGAGCUCCGCGAAUCGUGGUAUGGAAAACCCACUGUGCACCAUCCCUCGGAAUGAAGCGCUGCGAUUGUUGCAAGUCUAUGAUGAAGAGUACGGGUCAAUCUAUCCCUUCAUCGACAAGACAGUCUUGCACCGCGCGGCUCAAUGCUUUUACGAUUGUGUCGACAUGGCAUCUCCCUCGUCUACGAAAACCUACCAAAAGGAUGAAAAUACCCUCUCCGAUGGUAUAUGGGACAUCCUGAAGCUAGUUAUCGCCAUAGCUGCAAUCAUAGAGAGUCAUGGGCCCAAUGAACUGAGUGCAAAGCUUCUCAACAGCGUUGAGUCCGGCUUUGAUAUUCGCGUCUUGGGGGAGAAAGUUGAGCUUCUUGAGAUACAGGCCUGGACUGCUAUGAGCAUCUUGCAAUUCCACUUGGACGAGGAGGUCCUCGCUUGGAGAACCAUCGGUCUCGCUGGCAGAGCCGCGAUCGAACUAGGCCUCCACCGGCGUGAGACCUACUCGAUACGCUUCUCUGACGACGAGCAACGCCUGCGAGCCAGUCAACUCUUUUGGUCUAUAUACAUACUCGACAGGCGAUGGAGUUUUAGCACUGGACGCUCGUUCGCCAUUCCAGAGUGUGAUGUAGAUCUGGAUCUUCCCAAACUGAUCAGCUCAGACUCCUACCUCCUCUCGAUCAUGGUGGCGUACGCGCAACUGGAAUCAAAGGUAUGGAAGUUGACAACGAAGAUCACGGCUAAAGUCAUUUCAGAGAAGCUAUCCUUUCUCUACUUCCGCGUGCAGCAAUGGUAUCGAAGUCUCAAGCCCCAAUAUCAACUGCAACCGACUGAGGCGAACAUGCUGCAUGGAUACACUCGGAGCGAGAACAGGAUUCGUUUACUGUUUUACUUCAACGUCAAUCAGCUACAACUCUUCAUCUUCCGCCAGGAACUUCUGAAUUCCCACGCCAUGAACGAGGACCUGCUGAACGCCACGUUCGCUGUUGAAGCAGCAAAAGACAAUAUUCGGCUGCUGCAAAAAGUGAGUCAAAUGGCAGACUUUUAUUCGACACAGCAAGCUCCAUUCAAUCACUUCCUGGUCUCCGCACUGGCGGUCCUUUUCCUAGCCGUUUGCCACGCCCCAUACCAAUUCAAAAACGCUUGUCGUGAAGAAUUCAUAAUGGCACUUGAGCUCAUCCAGGGCUUCUCUUUCGAGUCUCACGUGGGAAAGAGGCUCUGGAAACGGGUUCAGCACCUCAAAGAAAUUAGUUUGAGUCUGGGUCUGCUGCCCAACAAAACCCAAACAGAUGGUACGCGGAAUGGCACAAUGAAUAGCACUGAUGCCAUUCUACCGUCUUCAGGUUUCGUGUCUAUGGAACAAGAUCAGCACGUUCAAAUGCGACAGCCGCCCGUCCACUCUCAAAUGGGGCCGCCUUCUGCGAACGAGAUGAUUGAUCCGUACCAACUCACCAGUGACUUGACGACCAUGUUCGAUACAAUGCAGCAACCUUACAGAUGGCCAGCGGCGGACGAAGUUGUGCUGGAUCAGGUCGAUAAAUAUAAUCAGACAAUAAACCGAGAGCUGUCAAGAGACCUUUUGGACUUAUUCUAG